GGGUGGACCCCGCGCUGUCAGUGGCGGCCCGGGCCUUCGGCCGCGCCCACCGCCGCCGGAGCCUGGAGCCGCGGGCCCCCCGGGCUGUAAGGCGGAGCGGGUGCGAGGGGCCGCCCGGGUCCCCGCCCCUCCCCGGCCCGCUGCUGCCGGGCCGCCGGCGGUGCUCCAGGCCCUUGGGGCCGCGGGCGGGGCGUGCGCGCAGACCCGGCUUCGCGGGCGCUGCUCCUGAGACCUCUGCCUGUUUCCUCGGCGCAGAGGCGGCCUCGCCGCGUCCCUGCCCACCAUGGCCAAGCCUACGAGCAAAGACUCAGGCCUGAAGGAGAAGUUCAGGAUUCUGUUGGGACUGGGAACCCCGAGGCCAAACCCCAGGUCAGCAGAGGGCAAGCAGACCGAGUUCAUCAUCACGGCGGACAUCCUGAGAGAGCUGAGUGUUGAAUGCGGCAUCAACAAUCGCAUCCGGAUGAUAGGGCAGAUCUGCGAAGUUGCAAAAACGAAGAAAUUUGAAGAGCAUGCAGUGGAAGCGCUCUGGAAGGCCGUCGCGGACCUGCUGCAGCCGGAGCGGCCCCCCGAGGCCCGGCAUGCGGUGCUGGCGCUGCUGAAGGCCAUCGUGCAGGGGCAGGGGGACCGCCUGGGCGUUCUCCGGGCUCUGUUCUUUAGGGCCAUCAAGGAUUACCCUGCUAACGAAGACCUCCAUGAAAGACUGGAAGUUUUCAAGGCCCUCACAGACAAUGGGAGACACAUCACCUACUUGGAAGAAGAACUGGCUGGGUUUGUCCUGCAGUGGAUGGACAUCGGCCUGUCCUCCGAAUUCCUCCUGGUGCUUGUGAACUUGGUCAAGUUCAACAGCUGUUACCUGGAUGAGUACAUUGCAUCAAUGGUCCACAUGAUCUGCCUGCUGUGCGUCCAGACCGUGUCAUCCGUGGACAUAGAGGUUUCCCUGCAGGUGCUGGACGCCGUCGUCUGCUACAACUGCCUGCCGGCCGAGAGCCUCCCCCUGUUCAUUGUCACCCUGUGCCGCACCAUCAACGUGAAGGAGCUCUGUGAGCCUUGCUGGAAGCUGAUGCGGAACCUGCUGGGCACCCACCUGGGCCACAGUGCCAUCUACAACAUGUGUCGCAUCAUGGAGGACAGAGCCUACAUGGAAGAUGCCCCACUGCUGAGAGGGGCUGUGUUCUUUGUGGGGAUGGCCCUUUGGGGAGCACACCGACUCUACUCUCUCAAGAACUCCCCAACGUCUGUGUUGCCGUCGUUUUAUGAGGCCAUGACCUGUCCGAAUGAGGUGGUGUCCUAUGAAAUCGUCCUCUCUAUAACCAGACUCAUCAAGAAGUACCGGAGGGAGCUGCAAGCUGUGACCUGGGACAUCCUACUGAACAUCAUGGAGCGCCUCCUGCACCAGCUCCAGACCCUGGACAGCCCGGAGCUCAGAGCCAUCGUGCACGACCUGCUGACCACAGUGGAAGAGCUGUGUGAUCAGAAUGAGUUCCACGGCUCUCAGGAGAGAUACUUUGAGCUGGUUGAGCGAUGUGCAGACCAGAGGCCGGAGUCUUCCCUCUUAAACUUAAUAACGUACCGGGCUCAGUCGAUCCACCCGGCGAAGGAUGGCUGGAUUCAGAACCUGCAGUUACUGAUGGAGAGGUUCUUCAGGAACGAAUCUCGCAGUGCUGUGCGCAUCAAGGUGCUGGACGUCCUGUCUUUCGUGCUGCUCAUCAACAGGCAGUUCUAUGAGGAGGAGCUGAUCAGCUCGGUGGUCAUCUCACAGCUCUCCCACGUCCCAGAGGACAAAGACCCCCAAGUCCGGAAACUGGCCACCCAGUUGCUGGUGGACCUGGCCGAAGGCUGCCACACCCACCACUUCAACAGUCUGUUGGACAUUGUGGAAAAGGUGAUUGCCCGCUCUCUCUCUCCACCCCCUGAGCUGGAGGAAAGAGAUGUGGCGGCGUACUCAGCCUCCUUAGAGGACGUGAAGACUGCCGUCCUGGGGCUCCUGGUCAUUCUUCAGACCAAGCUGUACACCUUGCCUGCCAGCCAUGCGAUGCGCGUGUACGAGACGCUCGUCAGCCACAUCCAGCUCCACUACAAGCAUAGCUAUACCUUGCCCAUCGCCAGUAGCAUCCGGCUGCAGGCUUUUGACUUCCUACUGCUGCUGAGGGCCGACUCGCUGCACCGCCUCGGCCUGCCCAGCAAGGACGGGGCCGUGAGGUUCAGCCCUUACUGCGUCUGCGAUGCCAUGGAGCCAGAGAGAGUCUCGGAGAAGAAGGCCAGUGGUCCCCUGUCACCUCCCACGGGGCCACCUGGUCCUGCGCCUGCAGGCCCCGCCAUGCGGCUUGGCUCCCUGCCCUACUCCCUGCUCUUCCGUGUCCUGCUGCAGUGCCUGAAGCAGGAGGUGGACUGGAAGGUACUGAAGCUCGUGCUUAGCAAGCUGCCGGAGUCCCUGCGCUAUAAGGUGCUCAUCUUCACCUCGCCCUGCAGCGUGGACCAGCUGUCCUCCGCCCUCUGCUCCAUGCUCUCAGGUCCCAGAACUCUGGAGCGGCUCCGAGGCACCCCGGAAGGGUUCUCCAGAACCGACCUGCACCUGGCUGUGGUCCCUGUGCUGACGGCGCUCAUCUCUUACCAUAACUACCUGGACAAAACCAGACAGCGGGAGAUGGUGUACUGCCUGGAGCAAGGCCUGAUCUACCGCUGCGCCAGCCAGUGUGUGGUGGCCCUGGCCAUCUGCAGCGUGGAGAUGCCUGACAUCAUCAUCAAGGCGCUUCCCGUCCUGGUCGUGAAGCUCACACACAUCUCGGCCACGGCCAGUAUGGCCAUUCCACUCCUCGAGUUCCUGUCAACACUGGCCAGGCUGCCCCACCUGUACAGGAACUUCGCAGCAGAGCAGUACGCGAGCGUGUUUGCCAUCUCCCUGCCCUACACCAAUCCCUCCAAGUUCAAUCAGUACAUCGUGUGCCUGGCCCAUCACGUCAUAGCCAUGUGGUUCAUUAGAUGCCGCCUGCCCUUCCGGAAGGAUUUUGUUCCUUAUAUCACUAAGGGCCUGCGCUCCAACGUCCUCCUGUCUUUUGAUGACACCCCCGAGAAGGACAGUUUCAGAGCACGAAGCACCAGUCUCAACGAGAGGCCCAAGAGUUUGAGGAUAGCCAGACCCCCCAAACAAGGCUUGAAUAACUCUCCACCUGUGAAAGAAUUCAAAGAGAGCUCUGCCGCCGAGGCCUUCCGAUGCCGCAGCAUCAGUGUGUCUGAACAUGUGGUCCGCAGCCUCAUUCGAGUCCGGGCUGGCUGCAUGGCAUCCUCAGAAGCUGGCCCGGGAGCCCGAAGCAGGGCGGUAGCUCUGAGAAAGCCAGGCGUCCGGUGGCAGCUGCCUGCAGGCCUGUCCCCGGAGGAAGCCCCCUCAGGCUUUGGAGUCCGAAGCUUGGAGACCCACCUCCUCACUGCUGCCUGGCUCAGGCCCCUGCCUCGGGCUGGCCUCUGCCAAGUGGGGUUUGGCCGGGAGGGACGGGGGCGCAGGGGGAAGAGGCUCUCAGCUCUUUUUAGCCAGUUCCUUAACACAAGCCAAAUGUGGCAAAGGGGCUGUGAAACUUGGUAUCCGAACCAGAGCCACGAGAGCCUCUUCUCCGGCAGGAUCCAGACGUCCCUCACAAGCGCCAGCUUGGGGUCUGCCGACGAGAACUCGAUGGCCCAGGCUGAUGACAACUUGAAAAAUCUCCAUCUGGAGCUCACGGAAACAUGUCUGGACAUGAUGGCCAGAUACGUGUUCUCCAACUUCACAGCGGUCCCCAAGAGGUCCCCGGUGGGAGAGUUCCUCUUGGCUGGUGGCAGGACCAAAACCUGGCUGGUUGGGAACAAGCUUGUCACUGUGACGACGAGCGUGGGGACGGGGACCCGGUCGCUGCUGGGCUUGGACUCAGGAGAGCAGCAAGGUGGCCCCGAGUUGAGCUCGGACCCUGGCACGCAUGUGAGACAGGCAAAGGAGGCACCUGCCAAGCUGGAGUCGCAGGCUGGGCAGCAGGUGUUCCGCAGCACCCGGGACCGGGUCCGCUCCAUGUCCGGGGGCCACGGUCUUCGUGUUGGCGCCCUGGACACUCCAGCCUCCCACUUUCUGGGCGGCCCCACUUCCCCAGGCACGCAGGCAGCGCUGGCCAGCAAGUCUGACAGGGCCUCGGCUGGCGCCCGGUUCCCAGCACAGGAGAAGACGAGCCUGGCAGCCUACGUACCGCUGCUGACCCAGGGCUGGGCGGAGAUCUUGGUCCGGAGACCUACAGGGAACACCAGCUGGCUGAUGAGCCUGGAGAACCCGCUCAGCCCCUUCUCGUCGGACAUCAACAACAUGCCUCUGCAGGAGCUGUCCAACGCGCUCAUGGCCGCUGAGCGCUUCAAGGAGCGUCGUGACACGGCUCUGUACAAGUCGCUGUCGGUGCCUGCCGCAGGCUCAGCCAAGCCCCCUCCACCCCCGAGAUCUAACACAGUGGCCUCUUUCUCCUCCCUGUACCAGUCCAGUUGCCAAGGAAAGCUGCACAGGAGCAUUUCCUGGGCAGACUCUGCGGUGGUUCUGGAGGAGGGAAAUUCAAGCGAGACCAGUCUGCCAGUGGAGUCCACGGAGCUGGAGGACUUCGAGGCGACACUAGGCACAGACCGGCGCUGUGGCCGCGUGGAAGCUUACAGUAGGUCGUCUUCAAGCUCCAGCCAGGAGGAGAAGUUCCCUGCAGAGGAGCUGGCUGCCGGAGGGAUCCCCAUCGAACGAGCCGUCUCUUCCGAGGGCACCCGGCCUUCUGUGGAGCUCUCCUUCCAGCCCUCCCAGCCCCUCAGCAAGUCCAGCUCCUCCCCUGAGCUGCAGACCCUGCAGGACAUACUCGGGGAUCCCGGGGACAAGUCUGAUGUUGGCCGGCUCAGCCCUGAGGCCAAGGCCCGGUCACAGUCCGGGAUUCUGGAUGGGGCGGGUGCCUCCUGGUCAGCCCCAGGUGAAGAGAACCAGGGCCGGGACCCUGCACAGCCCGAGGGUCCCUUGCCUUCCAGCUGCCCCCGCUCCCCCAGUGGCCUGCGGCCCAGAGGCUACACCAUCUCUGAUUCAGCCCCGUCACGCAGAGGCAAAAGGGUAGAGCGGGACGCCUUCAGGAGCAGAGCUGGGGCUUCCAACACCGAGAAGGUGCCAGGCAUCAAUCCCAGCUUUGUGUUCCUGCAGCUCUACCACUCACCCUUCUUUGGUGACGAGUCCAACAAGCCCAUCCUUCUACCCAAUGAGUCCUUCGAGCGGUCAGUGCAGCUUCUCGACCAGAUUCCAUCAUACGACACACACAAGAUCGCCGUCCUGUACGUGGGAGAAGGCCAGAGCAGCAGUGAGCUCGCCAUCCUGUCCAACGAGCAUGGCUCGUACAGGUACACGGAGUUCCUGACAGGCCUGGGCAAGCUCAUUGAGCUCAAAGACUGCCAGCCGGACAAGGUGUACCUGGGGGGCCUGGACGUGUGUGGCGAAGAUGGCCAGUUCACCUACUGCUGGCAUGACGACAUCAUGCAAGCCGUCUUCCACAUUGCCACCCUGAUGCCCACCAAGGAUGUGGACAAGCACCGCUGUGACAAGAAGCGCCACCUGGGCAAUGACUUUGUGUCCAUCAUCUACAACGACUCUGGUGAGGACUUCAAGCUGGGCACCAUCCGAGGCCAGUUCAACUUCGUCCACGUGAUCAUCACCCCCCUGGACUAUGAGUGCAACCUGGUGUCCCUGCAGUGCAGGAAAGACAUGGAAGGUCUUGUGGAUACCAGUGUGGCCAAGAUCGUGUCUGACCGCAACCUGCCUUUUGUGGCACGUCAGAUGGCUUUGCACGCAAAUAUGGCCUCACAAGUGCAUCAUAGCCGCUCCAACCCCACCGACAUCUAUCCCUCCAAGUGGAUUGCCAGGCUUCGCCACAUCAAGCGACUCCGUCACCGGAUCCGCGAGGAAGCCCACUACACCAACCCCAGCCUGCCACUGAUGCAGAUGCACCCCCCGGGCCACCCCAAAGCCCCUGCUCAGGCGCCGGCAGAGCCUGUGCCCACGUAUGAGACAGGCCAGCGGAAGCGUCUCAUCUCCUCUGUGGAUGACUUCACGGAGUUUGUGUGAGGGGCCGCCCUGCCUGUAUGUGCACCCCUGAAAUAAAGCAGGUGUAGCCCUCGAGGCUCAGACA